AUGGACGUCGAAGGGAUAGAGAACAAGACUCCUAUUCUCUGUGGACUCUUAACAUUGGCUAAAGUUCGCUCUGAGCGGCCCCCACCUCACUUGGACUCGAAAAUGGUUUGCUCCUGGCAGGGACUAGCCAUUGCUGGACUGGCAAAGGCAGCAGCUGCGCUGGGACGCAAAGAUUACAUUGACCGAGCUGUAAAGGCGGUCGAAUUUGUGAAGCGUUACCUGAUGGAAGAAAAUGGACAGUUGCUACGAGCAGCUUAUAGAGGAGAUGAUGACAGUGGUUUUCAUCGCUAUUCCGUUGACGAAGAGUGGCAUGUGCCCCACUUCGAAAAAAUGCUGUAUGAUCAAACUCAGUUACUUGGUGUGUAUGCUGAUUUCUGCCGACUUUUUGGCGAAAGGUUCCACUCCGUGGUAGCCGAUAUAGCUGAUUACAUGGAAGAGAGCCUAUCUCACAAGGAAGGUGGAUUUUACGCUGCAGAGGACGCAGAUUCCUUACCAACGGCGACAUCCGACAAGAAGAGGGAAGGAUAUUUUUGUGUGUGGGAAUGUCAGAAAGACCAAAAAAUUGGAGAUAAGGAUGCUGUGGAUAUUUUUUGUCGUUAUUACGACAUUCAUGAGAACGGGAAUGUAGACCGAUUUAAGCGAUUCGCAAUCGGAGAACUAAAACCACGUAAAAAUGUUUGGAGAAUAAGAAGUCUCACAUCGAAUUUUGCUGAUUGCCGUUUGGUUUACCAAAAUUCGGCUCUGAGCGGCCCUCCACCUCACUUGGACUCGAAAAUGGUUUGCUCCUGGCAGGGACUAGCCAUUGCUGGACUGGCAAAGGCAGCAGCUGCGCUGGGACGCAAAGAUUACAUUGACCGAGCUGUAAAGGCGGUCGAAUUUGUGAAGCGUUACCUGAUGGAAGAAAAUGGACAGUUGCUACGAGCAGCCAAAAAAAUGCUUAUAGAGGAGAUGAUGACAGUAAAUCCUCUGGGUUUUUUUUUGACAUUCUCCGACGAUUACGCUUUUCUCAUUCAAGGCCUUCUGGAACUCUACCAGAUUACUGCAGAUUUACAGUACUUGAAAAUGGCUGACGGCCUGCAGAAAGAGAUGGACACACUGUUUUGGGAUAAAGAAAAGGAAACUGGUUAUUAUAUUGCCAGCGAACAAGUCGAUGUAAAAGUUCGCGUCAUGGAAGACCAAGACGGUGCAGAGCCUUGUGCUAAUUCGGUGGCCGUGGGAAAUCUAGUGCGUCUGUUCGAUUUUCUCGAUAAAAAGGAAUAUAAGCAAAAGGCUGAGAAGAUAAUUCGAGCAUGUUCUACCAGGCUGGCAAAAUAUGUCGAGGAACUUUUGCAGAUUGUUGUUGUCGGCGAAGCGUCAAAUGAACUGGUGAAGAGUUUCCGGGAGGAGAUAAAUACGCACUACAUUUGGAAUAAUAACUCUUUCCUUACUGAAAGAAGUGAAGUGUACGCGGAUAUGUUGAAGAGAGAGGAGCCCACUGUGUUCAUUUGUGCCAAUUUCACAUGUGGUCCUCCAAUAACAUCUCUAGAUGAGCUAAAAGCAUCACUGAAGCAGCUAGUUGAUCAGAAAAUGUAA